GCGUUGCCGUGGAGACAGGCUGGGGAGGAGGAGGGGGCUGCCGCGCGCAGAGCAGACCCUACUUCUCGGCUAGGACUGCUGUGGUCCCCGCGUGAGCGCAGGGCGGGUAACCGGGAGAACCCGGGCGAGGCAGCUCCGGGACGAGGAGACGAGGCCGGGGUCUCUCCGGAGACCCAGCACCGCCCAUUCCUCCCCGCGACAGGGGACCAUUGCUAUGGAAACCGGAGCGCCGGGCAGGCGGGGAUCGUAGCUCCUGGGUCGUGAUCGGUCUUCUCUCACCCGGAGACCCUCGCCCAAGGUUGCUUCCUGAACGAACCUGCCCUCCCGCCCGCGCGAGAGAGUUUUUCAUGGACACAGCCUAGCAGGAAGAUGCAGCCUCUAUGUCUCACUGGCCGCUGACCCACCGGCCCAAUGACAGCAUCUCCGUGUGCCUUCCCGGUUCAGUUCCGGCAGCCCUCGGUCAGCGGCCUCUCACAGAUCACCAGCAGCCUGUAUAUCAGCAACGGGGUGGCCGCCAACAACAAGCUCAUGCUCUCCAGCAACCACAUCACAACGGUCAUCAACGUCUCAGUGGAGGUGGUGAACACCUUAUACGAGGACAUCCACUACGUGCAGGUGCCUGUGGCUGACACACCCAUGUCGCGUCUCUGUGACUUCUUCGACCCCAUCGCGGACCACAUCCACAGUGUGGAGAUGAAGCAGGGCCGCACCCUAUUGCACUGUGCCGCUGGCGUGAGCCGAUCAGCCGCCCUCUGCCUUGCCUAUCUCAUGAAGUACCACGCCAUGUCCCUGCUGGAUGCCCACACGUGGACCAAGUCAUGCCGGCCCAUCAUCCGGCCCAACAAUGGCUUUUGGGAGCAGCUCAUCCACUAUGAGUUCCAGCUGUUUGGCAAGAACACCGUGCACAUGGUCAGCUCCCCCAUGGGGGUGAUCCCUGACAUCUACGAGAAGGAGGUCCGUCUGAUGAUUCCACUGUGAGCCAUUCCAUCAGCCCUGGUCCCAGGGUCAGAGGUACAGAUCUGCCAUUGAUCCUACACCAAGAUCUGUACUUAAACAUUCUACUUCCAUUGAUACAGAAAAAUCAGAUGAUGCCUUUUAUAAGGACAAGAAAAAAGGAAGGGUGCUGCAGCUCUUAAUCUUAUAACUCAUAUCUUUAAAGAUUCAGCUUAUUAAAUGUAAGAUGAUGAAGAUAAGUUUCCCACCCUGCGAGUGACAGCUCAUGGCUGCUGACCAGAGGGGAGAGUGAACCAAAUGGACCAGCGCCCAAUGCAUAUGGCAAGCCUGGAAUCCUGCAGCCCUCUCCCUGACCGACCAACCCAGGAGUGAGUCUGCCACAAUCCCACCUCAUUCUUUUGAACGCGAAGCCAGCCUUAAGCAUCAUGGCACCUACCGUGCUUCUCACAGUAAGUGCCAACCUGCUGCAUAAGUAGCCUUCAAGUGGUGCUCCAGGAGCCCUGAGGGCCCAAGCCAACCCUGCUUCCACCUUCAAAUCUGGUUUUCUAGAUUGGACUUACGCAUAAGAUAGUUUUCAAAGGAAGUAUUCCGUUGUAGAAAAUUUCUUAAAUAACAUUUUUUUGGAGCACUGUUGUACGUGGCAGGGUCCCCUACCAGCCUUUGAUGAAAGGUGGCAUUAGUCUCCAUCUUGGGGCACGUGUGGAGAGCGGGCCUGACAUCAGGCCCAGAGGUUCCUCUCACAAGCCUCAGCUCAGAUGGCUGGAGCUGUGGACCGGAACCCAGCCUCGUCACCCCCUGCCUGUGUGAUCUGGGGCCUCUGGGAGCCUCAGUUUCCUUGUCCAAGCGAUAACAGCCCUUUCCUCACAGGG